CAACCCCAUUUUGUGGGCUUGCGUCAGUGUUCGAAAUCAUCAUCAAGAAGACAAUAAAGAAGCGGACAGCUAGCUUUGCCUGAUGUUCGAAAAGCGAGGCAAGCAGGCGUGCUCUCAGCAGAGCCUUCAGCGGUCGCCCACCCCAGCAGAGUGCAGCGCCUCCGAGAUGAGCGGAACACGGGUCUCGAGGGACAGCACCAGCAGUGCGGACGUCGAGGACCACCGAGGAAGCAUCUCCCCUCUGGAUUACCUGGCUAGGGCUCGAGAUCCCAGGGCGAAUAUUCGCUCCCCUUCUCCCGUUCGGGCUGGGGCGACGUGGUUCUCCCGCAACCGCCGGAGACCCGCGGAUUUGGCCGGCCACUGCUUGCUGUUCUGCCUGGCCGUCGUGACUCUUGGAUCUGUCGCCUGCCUCAUCUUGAUGUUCUUACGCCACGACGGGAAGGUGUACGAGCUCGUGUGGAGCUUGAUGGCCAAGCUGUUCAGACGCAUUUUCCGCGGAGACUAACCGCUUCGAGUAGCAUGUUGCGCGAUAGAGAAGUUGCGCCGACAACGACAACUACAAUAUUCCGUUCCGUAUUAAGUGGCAACAAGCAGAGCAGAAUAAACGAAGUGAUGGACAA